AAGUCGGCUGGUUCCCGGGUGUGUGUCUGAGUCUGCCUGUGUCUGGAAGCGGCGCGCGGCCCGGGACUAGCGCUGGGAAUUCCCAUCCGAGGCGUCACGGCUGUCGCUACCAUUACCCACGGAGCCACUACUAGAGGGGAGUAGACCCGGCCCUUCGCCGGGCAGAGAAGAUGUUGCCCCUGUCCAUCAAGGACGAUGAAUACAAACCACCCAAGUUCAAUCUGUUCGGCAAGAUCUCGGGCUGGUUUAGGUCUAUCCUGUCGGACAAGACGUCUCGGAACCUGUUUUUCUUCCUGUGCCUGAACCUCUCUUUCGCUUUUGUUGAACUACUCUACGGCAUCUGGAGCAACUGCUUAGGUUUGAUUUCCGACUCUUUUCACAUGUUUUUCGAUAGCACUGCCAUUUUGGCUGGAUUGGCAGCGUCUGUUAUUUCAAAGUGGAGAGAUAAUGAUGCCUUCUCUUACGGGUAUGUUAGAGCAGAAGUCCUGGCUGGCUUUGUCAAUGGCCUGUUUUUGAUCUUCACUGCUUUUUUUAUUUUCUCAGAAGGAGUUGAGAGAGCAUUAGCCCCUCCAGAUGUACACCAUGAGCGAUUGCUUCUUGUUUCAAUUCUUGGGUUUGUGGUAAACCUAGUAGGAAUAUUUGUUUUCAAGCAUGGAGGUCAUGGACAUUCUCAUGGCUCUGGCCAUGGACACAGUCAUUCCCUCUUUAACGGUGCUCUGGAUCAGGCCCAUGGCCAUGGAGAUCAUUGCCAUGGUCAUGAAAUGAAACAUGGUGCUGCACAUAGCCAUGAUCACGCUCAUGGACAUGGACACUUUCAUUCUCACGAUGGCCCCUCCUUAAAAGAAACAACAGGACCCAGUAGACAGAUUUUACAAGGUGUAUUUUUACACAUUCUAGCAGAUACACUUGGGAGUAUCGGUGUAAUCGUCUCUGCCAUCAUGAUGCAAAAUUUUGGUCUAAUGAUAGCAGAUCCUAUUUGUUCAAUCCUGAUAGCCAUGCUCAUAGUUGUAAGUGUUAUUCCUCUUUUAAGAGAGUCUGUUGGAAUACUAAUGCAGAGAACUCCUCCCAUUUUGGAAAAUACUCUGCCUCAGUGCUAUCAGAGGGUGCAGCAGUUGCAAGGAGUUUACAGUUUACAAGAACAGCAUUUCUGGACCUUAUGUUCUGAUGUCUAUGUUGGGACCUUGAAAUUAGUAGUAGCACCUGAUGCUGAUGCCAGGUGGAUUUUAAGCCAAACACAUAAUAUUUUUACUCAGGCUGGAGUGAGACAGCUUUAUGUACAGAUUGACUUUGCAGCCAUGUGAUGAAUGAAAAGAAAGGAUGCUUUUGGGGGACCUAAUUUUUCUGGUACUGUACAAUCCUAAACAUUGCACCUAGCUUUUUAAAAAGAGAAAUCAUCACUACAACUCCCAGCACCAGUUAGACCAGGUAGAGUCAGCCAUUUGUGCUCUGCUAGGAGUUUACAACUAUAAGGGAUCAGAAUUAAGAGGAUCUCCCCUGGACUUUUGGUCUUUUAUGCUCUUCCCUCCAAACCAUUUUGAUUUCUGAGAUUUCUAGUUUUGUUCCAGGGUAUUGUUUUCUGUUUUUUUGUUUCUUUUUUUUUUUUUUUUUCUUUUCAUUUCAAAUGCCCUCACUCCCACCCUUCAACCUAGCCAGUAAGAAAUUCAGACUGUGGGCCUCUUAAUCAUCUGGAAUGUCUUCACUGAAACUGUUGGAAACCACUGCUUUCAUUCCCACAAAACCAGUGUUAUUUAAAAAAAAAGAAAAGAAAUGGAAAUCUGUUUUAUAUGUAAUGUCACAAUUGUUGACGUUUUUCAGUAUAAUCAUAUGUUUGUAAAAUUGUUUGUACCUUGCAAACUUAUGAACCAAACCAUAUUGGGUUUUCAAAGUGCCUUUGUAUCAGAAAAUGUAUUUGCCAGCAUAGAAAUGUUCCAUCAAGGGUCAUGUAUAUGUUUUUUUAUUUUAAUGGGUAUUCUGUAUUCUGUACAAAAUAAGACUCUUGUUAGUAAUGUAUACAGAUUGUCUUUUUGUGUACUUCCAGCAUAGGUUUAGAUAUAUAAAAAUUUGCCUUUUAUUGCUUUAUCUCAUCAAAAAAUAAAAGGUGUUAUUUUGCUUUUUAAAUCAAAUUCAGUUAUUACAUUAAAUUAUUUUGUGUACUGUGUUUUCAAAACUUUGCAAAUGCUUCUGUUAUACAGAUGGGUGUUUUGACUUACUUAAAACAUCUGCUAAAUUCCAAAUUUCUGUAACAGCUACUGUGUCUAUGAUAAACUUUCAUCUCUCUCUCUUUGCUGUUUUUAUAGAUUCUGUUAGUGAAAGGAAAAGGCACGUAGAGUGAAGGCAGAAAUGAUUGUGACAAUGUUAUUUUGCUUUUUCAUUCUUCAAAUGCCAAGUCAUAUGUUUUCCUGUGCAAGUGUUACACAAAUACAGUUGCUUUCAGGAAUCCUAAAGCAGCAUUUUAUUGAGUUUGAAGUAUUGAAGGUACAGAGAAAAUGUGGUAAUAUAGAACUCUUCCUAACACAAGUAUCUAGGAAGUUAAUAAAUAAGUUGAUUUCAAGGUUCUUGUGUGUUUGAAAAAUAAAAUUGCAAAUUGAGCUAAGUGCUUGAACAUUCUACUUAAAUAUUCUCUGUGUUUUAUGAAGAAAUUGGUCUGGAUAGACAUUUUCCCAUUAUACUUCAUUUUAUCACAAUAUAUAUUCCCUUUUAACUGAAAGGGAAAAAUUAAAAAUGUUGCGGGGAAACCUUGCAGGAUGGAAAUGAAGGUUUAGAAUGUAGAUCAAUAAUAAGCACUUUUUUACUGAUGCGGCAGAAAUCACUUGAUUUUGUCUAAGUUUCAGAGUAUAUAUUUCCCUAUUUCUGACCUACAAUUUAUGAAAUAUACUGUGUUAGGAAAACUAUAGACUGCUUUCUUCAUGCUUUUCUAAACCACUGCAGGCUGCCAUGAACUGUUGAUAGUCUCCUUUUUUGCAGAUUAAGUAGUAUUUUCAAAAUGUUUUUACUUACUGCCAGGCAGUUCUAAAGCUAAGAAUUCCUGCAAUAGAAUGCUUUUAACUGAAACAAUUGUUAAGAUGUUUUAGGAGAGAAAUAUAAAAAGAAAUGUCCUGAUGAUGGUACUGCUUUUUCAUUAGAAGUAGUCACUUGGAAGUUUGCAUCCACUACUAAGCCUCGUAGAAGCAUGGCAUAUUCUGUAGGUUUUGGCAUAUUGUGGAAAAUGACAGAGCUAGAUGAAGGUGGGGAUUUUAGAUGUGUGCCUUUAAAAAAUAAUUAUGUGCAGUUAUACUGAUACUUCACAUACAGAGAUAAUAUUUGCACUGGCCUGUAAAAUUUACAGUGCACAUUGAAGAUCCAAUUCUGCCUUUCACUGAGCCCCCCAUUCCAAGUGAAGUUUCUUGUUAAAAUAUGCAUCAUUGUAACUACACUCUCAAUACACAAGUACAUGAGUAUGGUUUUUAUCUUUGAUAAAGAACAGAGUAUACACAUAGGACAUUUGACUGAGAUGAAACUCUUAAUUUUGCACCUAUUACAAGAGAUCUCCAGUUCAUAUCAUUUAGCAGGUUAGCAUUAACAUUCAUGCUUUAAUGAAAUGUUCUUAAACCUGUGUGUGCAGCAAGAAAAAAAGGAACUUUUUUCUCACUCUUAGGAAGUAACUGUGUCUUCUCAAUGUUGUUGGCACAGAUGUAUUGCUAAAGUAGAUAAUUUCACUGAGAAAUACUACUUGAUUAUUCUUACAAAAUAAAUUUAGAAUGUCCCUAUUUUUGGACUAAUUCUUGGGGAAAAAAAUCUGAGUGUAACUUUGAUAAUAUUUUAAAAACCAAAAUAUUCUCUGGAGAACAAAUAUGUAUUGCUCAGGGAAAGUUUACCUUGCCAAGUAAACUUCCCCAAAGAGAAAUAUACCUAUACUAGUUUUGUGUUUUUAAAUCUAGAUUAUAUUAAUCAAGAUGAAGGGCUUAACCUGUGUACAGCUCCCUUAUUUUGCUGACUGUGCUCUUUGUGAAGGACAGUAUCUAGUUUAUCUGUAGCUCAGUGUUCCUCGCACAUCCCCACGGUGUCUUCUGCAAGGGCAUAAGGAAGUGGUAACAGAUGUUACUGGCAUUUCCCGUGUACCUGGGAUGCUCCAGAGUUCUUCAAAGCCUACUUGUAUACACCAGUAGCCAAAAAUACUGUGACUUUUGUGCACCUUUGUAAAGCAGCCAAAUCAUUGACUCCAGAUGCAGUUGAUCAGAGUUCUAUAAUGUUUUUACCUACUAUGGAAUAAUCGAUUUUAUAGAUAUUAUUAAUAUGGUAGCAUCCUCUUAUAUAAUGCUCGGAUUUAAGAACAAAAAUAAUUCAUUAACAUAGAAUUUUACAUCCAAGGAGACUGUCCUUAGACGCAGUCUCAUUCUACCUCUCAUUUUACAGAUGAGAAAAUUGAAGGCCAGAAAUGCUGUCAUUUACUCAAGGUCACAGAUAAUUAGUUGCAAAGCCAAGAGCAGAAUCCAGGUUUUCUGACUCAAGUCAAGAGUUCUUUCUACUCUACUGUGCUGUGUCUCCAGUGUAAUAUUUGCCUUUCUGUAAAUGUGAUGAAGAAGCAUUUUUAAAUAAAGGACGUCUGACGUCCAUUUUUGGUACAUUAAGGCACUUUAUAAAUGGAGUUUUAUUGUCUUAUUUUUCAUAGCUAAUUAUGAGAUUUAGAAUAUUAUUUCCAUAGUAUUCUUUAUGGAAUAUAUGAUUAAUUUUUUUUACUCUUUUUUACUUUUUUACUCUUGUGAAACCAGUUUCUGGUUUUUUUAAAAAAAAUAGUGACGUGUGCGUUGAAUACUUUUAACUUGUGAGUAAAUUUUUCUGUUAACUGCCCAAGACUAAAUCCAAUUUAAGGAUUGCUUAGUUUCUUUAUUUUGUUUAAAAUCUGUGAAUUGGUACUUUUUAGAAACCAGGCUAAUUCACAGGUCAUACCAUUUCAUCCUUGUUACUUUCAGUUUUCAGUCACUGGAGAGCUCUUGAAUUCUUAACGUUAUUCUCAGAGCCACACAAAAUUGGGCAUUAAAUGUUGUAUAGAACAAAACAAAAAUUUUAAUAAGGUAAAAUUUUGAUGUCUUAUCAGAAUCCCAAAUGCUACUUUCAACUCUCAUUCAAAGCACUACCUUGAGAAAGUUAAACUUUUUUUUCUGUCACUAUUUUCGAAACAAAUUAUUUUCUCAUUCACCAGAACUUUGACAAAAAAGUAAAUUAUUUCAUUCUUUAAAGAACAUUCAACACAUGUUUAUUCAUAGAAGAUUGUUUUAGACACGAUCCCCAAAAGCCUUAGUGAUCCAGAUCUCUAUCGUAGAAUCAAGACAGUGAAAAAUUAGGUAUCAAAAAAUGUGUUUGCAGAGAAGUAUAGUUCUGUUUAAAGGUUGAAUCAAUGUCUUUGAUGAGGGUGUCUUUGGUUUAUGUUUACCAUUUCCCAAUUACAAGUUAUACAGAAAGAAAGGGUGGGGGUUAACUUUAUUAAGUAUUUAUGUAUCAGGCUCUUUGUAUGGCCUUUUUCAUGUUAUCACAUUUAAAAUCCUCAUAUUUUUAUAAAGAAUCUUUCAUGAUUUUGAUUGAUAGAUCUUUUUCAAAUCUAUUUUAUCAUCUGAUUCUCCCGACAUUCUUGUAAGGAAGGAAUUUGUAACUCCAUUUUACAGAUGAGGAAGCUGUUUUUGAGAGUAUGUAAAUGAUCUAACUGGGGGAUAGCCAGUGUUAGAGCACUGACUCUAGAUCCAAUACAUUUUGGUGACAACUACUCUGUUUUUUUAUAUGUCAUUCUGCAAUGAUUUAAAGAUCCAAGAAGUUGUAGCAGAUCUAAACACACUCUCCUAUAAAGUCAUGAACCAUCACCAUGAGAAAAUUGAUAUAGGGGAAUAGUUAUAUAUACAUUGUUUAGACUCAUUCCUUCUUUGGAUGCUCUCUUAUGCGUAUUACCUUUGCCAUUUAACUUAAACUGUGCAGGCUAAAGAGAGCGAUCGGAGCUCCUUUAAGCACUUUUAAGACCUUUUUUUAAAAAAGAAAGUAAAAAGUUUUCUUGACACAGAGUAAGCUGCUUAAAAAAGGGACUGAUUCAGUCGUGUUAGCACCAGUGUGAGUGAAGAGAAACUGAACUCCUGGCCAAGAGACAUUAACCUAGUUAGUAAGAAGUUGUCUUCUAAGAAGUACAAAUAAUUUUGCACUGCAUGAGAGGGAUACAUAGGAUUUGAUUUACAACAUUACAUUUUAUAGACACCUUUUCAAAAAGAAAUAUAUUUCAUAAUUAGUAGUAAUCUAUGCUUAAAUGUAAUAAUAAUGUUUAACUUUGAACUCUUCCCAUGGCUUUGAAAAUUUAAUAUUUGUAAUUCUGAUCACGAUGGAAAGUCAGUAAAAAAAAAUAUUUGUCUCAUACAUCCUGUUGUCAGCAAACUUAGCAUGAAUUUACACCUACGUGCUCAGUAAAUGUUUGGAUAACCAGUGAGUAAAUAUCGUAGACAGUAAUGGAUACACAAGUAAGGACUGGGGACAGGUAAAACCAGUAAUUUACUGUUUAUUACAGAAGACAUCUCAGCUUUUCUUUGGCAUUUUUGCACAAAUGAGUGACUUUAUAUUCACUUCUGCCAUUUUUUUUUUCAAGUAGCCCUGUAAGCUGCUCCUUCAUUUUAAUAUAGGAACAGUGGAAAUACAGAGAUGGUUUCCAUUUUGCAUGCUGUUGUACAGGAAUUUGGUAGAACUGGGACUGUGGAACCUGGGUCACUUGAAUUUUUAUAUUUUUGUGUAGCCUAAUGAGAAACCACAUUCUCCUUUGUUUUUAUAGAAAAUUGCCAUAGUCCUAUUACUUUAAGGACCUGUGUAUAACAUUCUAUUUCAUUUAUCCCAGAUGUAUUUUCAUCCAAAACUCUUUCAAAGUUAUAUCUUGAUGGUGCUUCUGUAAAAACAACACUACAUGUAUUCAUUCAGUGACUUAAAUAUUCCUAAGAUAGCUGUUAUCUUCUCUCUCUGUUUCCCUCUAAAUGCUAAAUUUUAGUAGAGCUUCUUUUUUAUUUCUUUACUUAUCUUCCAUCUCUUUCAUUGCUACAGCCAAUGUAAAACUUCCCUUUUUCACCAGUGGGAAAAAAAGCUUUAUUUUGAAUUUUAGUAUUUGAAUUUUAUAUAUCAUAUAUCAUGCAUCAGUUAAGCCCAGUGAAGAUUCUCUUCUGAACUAGAUGUAUCUUUUCAAGAGCUUGUCAAGUAAUCUCAUUGCUUCCUCUAAUAGCAGCAAAUUCAGUGAUAUUUCUGCCCAAGUGAUAUUUUGCCCCAACAUUUGUGAGUUUGAUCAAUAAACAGAAUGGGUCUUUUAUAUCAGAAAUACUGUGAAUGAAAAAUUGCCAAAUCCCUUCUUAGUAUAUUCUGAACACCCCUACAACGCUUUGCCUCCCUGUCUUUAAUGGUUUCUUAACAUGUGGCUAAGUGUGAAUUUGGGUUUGAGUCCUUUGGUGAAAAGUAUGGCAUCAAAACAUUUCUAAAAAAAAGUUUGAGUACAAGGGUCGGUUGGAAUGUCAAAGACCAUGUUGUAAUUUGGUUUGAAUAUGCUAAAGUGAGCAAUUAUGAUUUGCCUAAGAACAACACAACAAAUUCAUAGUGUAUAUUUCACUCCUUUCUACUUGAAGACAUUCAUGUACAUAUUUUGUUUAACCUCAGAUGUAUUUAAAAAGAAUGAUAAACAAUUGUAUCAGAAUUCUUCCAAUAAAAUUUCUGUUUAAAAAUCUUUA